AGACUCCCCGAUCCGAACCCCCGAGAGCAAACCUUCCCAUUUUAUCUUCCUUUCAAAUUUGGCCUUUGGAUCAGCGGCCUCCCUAUAACCCAGCAGCCGCCCUUAUCCCUCUAUCCCUAAUUCACCACCCUCUUCUUAUUUCACGUCAAUGGCGAAGUACGGCGAAGGCGACAAACGGUGGAUUGUGAAGGAAAGAGCCGACGGUGCCAACGUCCAUAACUUGCACUGGGCAGAAACCGAUUGCCUCCCAUGGUCAAAAACCUUCUUUACCAAAACCCUUUCCGAUCUCCCCAUCCUUACCGGCGAUUCCAAUCUCUACAUCACGACCAAAAAGGUCGAAAAGGUCGACGGUGAAGCUUAUGUCAAUAUCCGGAAGGGUAAGAUUAUUCCCGGAUACGAGAUCAGUUUGAAUUUAUCUUGGGAAGGCGAAGCCAAAGACGAGGAAGGUAAGACUUUGUUGAAAACUGAAGGUAAUGUCGAGAUUCCGUAUAUUGCCGACGAGAAUGCCGACGAAGAUCCCGAGGUUAAGGUGACGGUUAAAGACGAAGGACCCAUUGGUAAAACGUUGAAGGAAGCGAUGUUGGCUAAAGGGAAGCCUUUGGUUUUAGAGAAAGUGAGGGAUUAUGUUAAAGCUAUGGCGAAUGGAGGUCCCGUUAAAGAUGAAUUGGAAGCUAAGAAAUUGGCACCCAAAAGUAAUAGUACUGGCAAUAGCAAUAGAAGUUCGGCUGUGGUGUCUAAGGGUAAAGCUGCGGUGGAGAAGGAAGCGAAGAAGGAAGGGAAGAAAGGGUGUAAAACGAUUACGAUGUCGGAGAAGUUUAAUUGUAGAGCUAAGGAUAUGUUUGAGAUUUUGAUGGACGAGAAUAGGUGGAAAGGGUUUACUCAGAGUAAUGCUAGGAUAAGUAAAGAAGUUGACGGCCAAUUUAGUAUUUUUGAUGGAUCCGUUACUGGUAUUAACUUGGAGUUGCAAGAAGGGAAGUUGAUUGCUCAGAGAUGGAGAUUUGGGAGUUGGCCUGACGGGGUUGAUUCUACGGUAAGACUUGUUUUCGAUGAGCCUGAGCCUGGGGUUACUAUAAUCAAACUCACUCAUUCAGAUGUUCCUGAGGAAGACAGAUAUGGGAAUGCUACUGUGGUGGAGAACACAGAGAGAGGAUGGAGGAACCUUAUUUUCAAUAAGAUACGAGCAGUAUUUGGUUUUGGGAUAUGAUUUAUUUUAUUCUCAAAGGAGGAAGUGCUCUUUUUUUUUUCUUCUUGCUUUUGAAUUGUUAGAGCUUUGUGAAGUCUUUCUUUUAGCUAUUAUUAUGACCGUGCAAGUCUGAUCUUGGUGUACUGGUUCAUGUUUUUUGAAGUUGAAAGUUGUACCGAGUGUCGUUGCUGUCUUGUUUUCCAAUAUCCAAACUAUUUCUUCAGACUUGUGAUAAUGACAGUGACGAAAAUGUUGCCUUGAUGAUGUUUAUUCUCUGGGUACAUGUUAGUGUUAUGUUGUUACAUUUGAGUUGAUCAUGUUGAGUUUUUGGUUUAA